CUGUGUAUGACUUUAAUUAACGUGAGAAGCUGUUGUUAUUUGACUGAAGUUAUUGAUAUAACUAACGGCUGAAUUCGUUAUACUGAGGCUCCGCACCGUCUCGGAGCGUUAUGAACUCGAGUGUGGAUUUGUUUUUGCGAGUGAAAUCUGUGGGUGGCGAGAACUGGACUGGCAAGUAACUCAACUAACAACUUUUUUAUGCAUUUAUAAAGAAAAACCUACAGAAGAAACGACGACCGAAGAAAUGUCAUAUCAAUGACCCUUUCAAUUGUUGUGUUUGGAGUGACAGAAAUGAAAGGAAUGGAGGGUCGUGAUUAGACGCGGAUGGAUUUCCCGCGGACAGUUUCUUUGCAUUCUCAAAGAAAAGGAACUCCAACUCUAGUGGAAUAGACAAAACUGCCUUUGCCCGAUCCCUACCUCUGGGGUCAGGGUUCAAGGGCAGGGCAGUCUAAACAUGCUCUCAAACAAGACAUGUGAGAACAUCACUCGAAUCGAUGUGAAUGGGAACCCCGUGAUGAGCACUGUAAUGUUCAUUGCCGGGGUAGUCGGCAACCUGCUGGCCUUGGCUAUCCUAGGGGUCCACCAGAAAGAGCAUCGCACCAAGUCCUCAGUCUUCUGCAUCCUCGUGACAGGCCUUGCUCUGACAGAUCUAGUGGGAACGUGUUUACUCAGCCCACCGGUUUUCAUUUGCUAUGCUCAAAGCACAUCCCUUGUGGGUCUUACGGGAAAUCGGUGGCUGUGUGGACUCUUCGCCUUUGCCAUGACAUUCUUCGGCCUGGCCUCUAUGCUCAUACUGUGCACCAUGGCGGUGGAGCGAUGUCUUGCCAUCAGUCAUCCUUACUUCUACUCCAAACAUGUACGGCGAAGCUUCGCUAAGAUUGUCCUCUUCCUCAUCUAUCUCUUUACCUUCGCUUUCUGCUUGCUACCCUUCUUUGGAUACGGACGGCACAAGCAGUACUGUCCUGGGACAUGGUGUUUCAUCAAGAUGGAGGCAGAAGGAGAGGGUGAGGACGAGGAGAGACGAACGCUGGCUUUUUCUCUGUCCUACGCCGUACUCAUGGCGCUUCUCAUCGCUGUAGUUUUCUUGUGUAACGGUUCGGUCAUCGUCAGCCUGUGUCGCAUGCACCGGAGCCAAAUUAGUCGCCGGGGUUCGGUGGUGUCGGCCGGACGAAAGAAGAGGUUGAGUACCUGGUUUGGACAGGGAGAGGAAGAAAUGGACCAUCUAUUCCUGCUGGCCUCCAUGACCUUCAUCUUCGUCAUUUGCUCCUUACCUCUGACUAUCUGUGGCUUUGUGAAUGCCAUUAGUCCAGUGGGGAAUGACCAGCAGAAUCUCAUGGCAUUUCGCUUCUCGGCUUUUAACCCCAUCUUGGACCCUUGGAUCUUCAUCAUCUUCCGCAAGGCAGUCUUCCACCACCUCCGCUCUUUCUUCCGCUGCUGUUUCCCCAGAGACGCAGUGAAGACCACAGCUCAAACUGCCCUGUCCUCCCCUUUGGAGGCUGGAGACUCUAACCAAACAUCCAGCAUCCAGAACAAAACCUACUGCAGCCUUCCCCAAUGACACUUUGAAGAACAGGGCAUUUCUUGUCAAAGUUCUCAUGGCAUUGUGCACUUAAGUAUUUCAAGAGGUGAAGUUGAGCCUUGGAAACUUUGGUGGAGACUUGUUUUGUGUUAAGAAUCAAGAAUGAGAACAUGGACAUCAUCAAGGACCCAUCAACAGCCAAAGUUUCAUGGCAAUGGAGAAGAAAAUAUGUUGUAAAUAUGUGAACAAACAUUCAGACAAGUAGACUCUUCUGUGUAUGUAACCCUCAAAAUGUGGGUACUAGAAAUGGUGUACAGACAUGCAAGUGUGUUCGCUAGAAUAACUCAGAACUGAACAUGAAAGUACAAACAACCAGUGUCAUUUAAGAAUAAGCAAAAUAGGGUGCAGCGGCAAGUACCACAAACCACACGCAAACACAGAACAGCUUGCACAGAUUGUCAGUUAUUCUGCAGUUUGCCAAUAAUCACAAAGCAUUGAACAUGCUCUUGAAGACCACAGGUAAGCCAUCUGCUCAGAAAUUGACUAAUGAAAGGGAAGAUUUUAAUUUACAGCAGAGUCGUAAUACAAAAGUGACUGAUGAUAUCACCUCUAAUGUUACCAUCCAAAAGGCAAGGGCGGUUAACUAUACAAGCAGUUAUACCAAUUUAAGGCUUUUCACACUACGCCUAACACUAAGGUUAAUGUCUUUUUUAAACCUAAGUAAAGGGGACUUUUAACUCUGGCUUAUGCAACAUCUCACACUUUAACGCUUGCCUCAUUAAGUAUUUGAACAGUUAAAAAUAUAAAAUAGUGAUGCAAACAAGUUAACUGUAGUGAUGAGGAGACAUUUCCACAUAGCAAAAAGGGGUUAUUAAAAUUGAAUGCACGCUGUACUUACGAAACAUGAAACCCAGGAUUGAUUAAUUAAUAACCUGGUAUGAAAUGUGGAACAAGACAACCCUGAUUAUUUUAACCUAGGGUUAAAUAUGACCAAUUCAAUUGUCAAUUUAUAUGGUCUCAAAUCAGUGAAAAAAUUUUAUGAAAAGGAAAAGAAGGCUAUUAUCUUUGCUCCUCUCCCCUUUCUUGGUGUUUAAAGAAACAUUGUGCCAAUUAAAUCAUACUGUUUUUUGGAUCAUUUUAUUUGGAUAAAGUAACAAGUCACAUUCCUGACAAACUGCUAAAAAAAAGAGGAAUUUAUGUAAACACAUUUAUUAGAGAAUUUAUGUAAAAAAAAAAAAAAAAAUUUAAGUAUAUAUUUCUGUUAUUUAAUGGCGGAUCAUAUGUAUGCACACAAUGCAUGUCUGCUUUCAUAACUGCUCACAAAGCAUAAUCCUAAAUGUAAAACCAUGGAUAUCUGACUUUAAAGGCAUAGUUCACCCAAAAAUGAAAAUUCUCUUACCAUUU